AUGGCAGCUAAUUCAUCCUAUGAUUAUCUAUUGAACCCAUUUGAUGUAGAAAAUGAUGAAAUUUUGGGCAAGAAAAAUUCUGACACCCUUGCUUGGUUGGAAAAAGAAGGAUUGGUUAAACCAAAUUUUCAACCUAAAGAUGACUCUGACUCAGAUGAGGAAGUGGGACAUGAUAGAACUGUUGAAAAUCAGGCCAUGAUUGACCAAUUCGUAGAAGAGUAUAAAUCUCAAAUUCUACGCAUGCACCAGCAGAAUGAAAUAGUUUCCUCAUGGAUUGAGGAAGAGCUGAUGGGUGAAGGGGAACUUAGAUAUCACAUGGAUCUUGCAAAGAAGGCACUGCUUGAAUUAGAAGAAUAUCACCCAAAACUCAACCUUUGGGCAAAGAAAGAUCCCAUAGUCCAGUUUUUGUUGGAAAAAGAACUUCGGUGUAAAGGAGCACUUACAAACAACAUGAAAGUCGCGGAGGACACCCUGCUUAACAUGGAUUAUUAUAAACCCAAGCUUCAAAAUUUGGCCGAGGAAAAAGAAAUAUAUGAUGAGAUUCUUUCUGCAAUUGCCAGGAAAGAUGGGUCAAACCUGGAAUCAGAAGCAGAACCACAUAGCACUGUGAGUGAAAGUCUUGCAGGUGAUUCAAGUAGUAGAUUGAAAGAAGGCAAAGCAAUCCUUGAGUCGGGGGAAGAAACUGCAAAGGAGAGACUUUCAAAGCUCCAGCUAGGGCGCUGA